UUGAGACCGAGGGGGUGGAGUCGGGUGGAGUUGAGCGUCUGUGCUGCUCGCGUUGCGCGGUGUGGACGACGAUGGCGGGGACGCGGUGCUCCUGUCUCCAUGGCGCCUCCCGCCUUCGCCUCUUCUUCGGCUCCCACCUCUUCCUCCUCCUCAUCCUCCUCCUCUACUGCCGAGGUGAGGUGGCCGCCAUGAAGGUGUACGUGUCCGGGGAGGUGGAGGUGACGAACGGCACGGAGGCGCGCAUCCCCUGUACCUACAAGAGCAGCAACCCCAUCGGCAGCGGCUUCUUCAUCAUGUGGACCUUCAAACCCGCGAUGGGGGGCGCCACCGAGAACAUCCUGACGUACUCGGGCGGCAAGCCGUACCCGACGGGGUCGCGCUUCAUGAGCCGCCUCACUCUGUGGGGCAACGCGGAGAGCGGCGACGCCACCAUCUCCCUGCGCGACACCAAGUUCACCGACAACGGCACCUUCACCUGCAACGUGCAGAACCCGCCCGACGUGGGCGGCCAGGCGGGCAACACGGAGCUGCGCGUCGUUCUCUCCAUGCGAGCAGAAACGCUCUCGGAGGGGAAGCUCGUGGGCAUGGUGAUCGGGGGUCUGGCCGGGGUGGUGAUGCUCACCGUCAUCAUCGCCGCCAUCGCCAUGGUCUGCAAGAAAUAUCGCCGGGGUGGCUACCGCGACAAGGCAGCCACCACGCGGUCCCCGCAGGACACGCUGCUCACCGAGAAACCGUUCCGGCACGACGAGGAACGCGACCUGCACCCUCCCACCCCACCCAACGGGCAGCGGGUCGUCUACGCGUCCCUGGAGAAUCUACCGCCAGGCAAACAUCCGUCGGCUCCUCCCUCGGUGGAGUAUGCGACCGUGAAGCCUCUCGCAGCCUCCGUGGCAUAACCACACCGCUCACCACACCACGCCACACCACACCGCUCGCCACAUAACUCACUCGAACACUCACCACCCCACUGCCCACACUGCUCACCACACCACAUGUUUUCUAUGAGUUUUGAUUCAAAGUGUACAGAGCCGACUUCAUACACACCAUGCUUACCUUACACACCACCGGGCACACUGUUUCCUCUCGGUCCAGCCCAAUAAACGUGGAAUGUUGGGCCAACGUUGGAUAUUUACCCGCAGUGUGUGUGUCUCGCACACCCAGCGAACAUAACAACACAAAGUGUUAAACCUCCACUGUUACCCGAACCCAUGAUAUCACUUCCCCUGGUCUAUAAACCUGGUAUCCCUACACCUGGUAUCCCUCCUACCCCUGAUAUCUCAACCCCUCAUGGCUCAACACGUGAUCAAUCUGCACCUUACAUCCCCACAAUGAAAUCUCUACCCCCACCUCCUCAAUAUGUUCCCCGAGGCCGUCGUGACCACUGUAUAUGGGACUGUCAGACAGAACGUCCCCUGAAUAUAGAUCUUCUGUUGAUAAGAGAAUAAUGUCAUUGUACAAUGUUAUACGUCAUUGUUUCAUUUUUAUAAUUUUACUGUUGAGUUGUUUGUUUUCUAAGAGUCUUGAUUCUAAGUGUACAGAGCCGACUAGCCGGUUGGCGGGAGUGCGGCAGGAGUGUCGCUUCCGCGCAGCCGGUGCCUUGUGACCACCAUGACCUCUGAACUCUAACCCUCUGAACUAUAACCCUCGCCCCCUGCCAAUUCCUAAUCCGUAGCGUGACCUUGUUUAAAGGGGGCGGGGGGGGGGCACGACGCAGUGAACGUUAAACUCUAAAGCGAGCGUAGAGCACGACAGGGAGAGUGAGUAACGAGGCGCUCUCUGCUCUCUCUCUCUCGAGGCGCUGCGCGUGAGAGAAGCCACGGUGCCCAUUGCCGAACCGUACUGUACUCGCUCUCGUACCAACGCGUUGUAAACUUAAGCUGUAACGAACAGGGGUGGGGGGCUCAUACCAGCCCCUCCCCCCCUCCCCGACGCCUCGGCACUGUCCAAGUCUCGACAUUUCAUUUUGCUGGGAGAUCUCUCCGCCUGAUUUUGAGGAGUUGCCGUGUCCAGAUUCUGGAAUUUCUUCGGAAACUUUGCGGCGCCAACGGAGGAGAGACACCAGACCCCGUGGGGCCAAUGGCAAGGUCGCCUUUUUCUUCCUCCCACACACCCCGGCGGCCUUUCACCCUUGUCGCAUGCGGAGGUAGACAGGUCCCGGUCUCCUCUCACGGCCAGACAGAACGUGCUACGACGUGGCAGCGAUGUUGUAGGUUUUAAUUAAGAUGUCCCCUGUAAUUGCCGAGCAAACGAGAGUGUUACGAAAUGUGACUGGUGAAAUGGCGAGAACCCUCGCGAGCCACCAUAGAGCGACUAGCUUGUUAUAUCUCACUAGGAAUCCUCAUUCACUUUGCUUUACAAUCCAUCUCCUCUUUGGAAAUCUGGGUUCGCACUGCAAUUGUAGGCUGCCAAAUUUACGAUACAUUUAGAGAUAACUCUCUGUUCUCUGGUCCCCGGUUCUCAUGUCACUGGGCAGCCACCAGGUGAUAUUGGCCCCCACCAUAGACGAAGCUGGCAACAUCCUUCUUUGUGAUGCGAUAUUCCUCGUCGUACGGGCAACCCCGUUGCAGUGGCGACGAGCGAGACAUGAGGUUCGUGAGUGCGGGUGGUGCAGGGGAAAGGCGUCGGUGUCGCGUGUGCGGGGGCAGCCCUGGGGCCGGUCUCGUGUCCAAGUCUUCAUUGUGGGCACAGCGGCACAGCUGAGGUCGCCACUCGUCAUUUUGUUGAGGCAGCUGCCAUCCGAGGAAAUCUUAAGUCGUCUUCGAGCAUUUAAUAGUCCUGGAAUUUUGUCAGUUGCAUAUAAAUAAGACCUAAUAUAACAUUACACAAGACAACGCAUUCACACAGAGUUCUCCCCUCUGCCAGUGUGGUGAGAGAUUCUUCCCACAAGAUGCCCCAUUCUUUUUGUACUACAGAAGUGGCAACGCUCGCGAAGGCCUAGGCUCUCCCGUCGGGAAGUAGGGAGGAUGGCGGCCUGCUGCUGUCCACCCUGAUGACCUCUGGGUCACCACGCGAGGGAUUGCCACCUGUCUCGGAAUUGGCAUCUGUUUUUGGGUGGCGGGAAUUUGUUUGUACCGAAAUGUGGUGGUACUGUGUUCAACUUGUUACGGUUUUGUGAACGGUUUUGACAGACCCAGGCUGAGCAACAUGUCCGGGUCUGAUCUAUCAUGUAAACGAUGGCGACGCGACCCUCACCUCGCCCUCGGUGGGGACCCGUCAAUGUCUUUCCUUCACCUCACGGGGGAAAACCUCCAGCUUCGACCAAUCUCCUCGCGACCCUCCGCAUGGACCUAUCCCUAACCCUGGAGUGCUCGAGCUGUGGGUGUCUGCUGAUGAUUGGAGGGUCUGGGUUUGGUGUCUUAGCGGCAGUCAGUCUGUCCCUUGUGUUCCUGAGAUGAUUUGACGCCUGUUUGUCUUCCAAUAAAAUAUAUAUUUUAUGCUAAAUUUGA